AUGAAAGUGAAACGUUUAGAACAGACUCCUAAAUCACCGAUUACCUUUUGAAAAAUAUCGCUCAGGGGGCUUUCGAGCAGCUCUCGUGGUAUUGUGAUGUAAUUCGCUGGUCGGUCUGCGCAGCGCCGCAUGAAGCCGAACACACCUAAACAAAACUAUUCUAUCAGUUACAAGAAAUACCUGUAUUUUUACCUGUGAUUAUUUUACACAUGAACAAACGCACUUCUUUGAAACAGAAAUAUUGAGUAUCAGCGUGUUUAAUAACAUUUAUUAGUCGCUUACGUGUACUUUUGAUGUUUGUGUCGAAUAUCCAGAAACAUUUUCACUGAGUCUGUCUGUGGUGGUGAUCAAUGAUCAGAUUCAUCAGUGGAGAUCAGACCGAUGUAAAUGAUUCAUGGAUGAUUCACAAACAUUCAGAGAUGGAGAUGAUUCUCCAGAUGUCAGAUCAGUCCAGCAUAAGAGAUCAGACUCACCUGAGACCAGCUGUGUGUCUAGGGUUGAUGCUUCUAUAACUAGACCAAUAACAUUUAGGGGUGGAGACACAUCGCCUGGUCAGAGGCCAAAAAUGUUGUCUGGAUCUGACUCAUCAAAUCAGAUCACAGUGUCUGUAAGUGAUCAGACUUUACAGGUUCAACAGUCCAAUGAAAGAGACUCUCCUAGUUUCAGUUAUCUUUGUCAGUUUGCUGAAGUUCAAAGCACAUUUAGAUCAAAUCUGAGGAAGAAGUUUGAGUGUUUAUAUGAGAUAACAUCAAAUGAAAAUCAACCAGUAAUACUGAAUGAGAUCUACACAGAGCUGUACAUUACAGAGAGUGAAAGUGGAGAGAUCAGUAAUAAACAUGAGGUGAGACAGAUUGAGACACAAUCCAGAAGAACAACAACAGAGGAGACACCAAUAAAAUGUAAUGACAUCUUUAAACCUUUACCUGAACAAGACAAACACAUCAGAAGUGUGCUGACAAAGGGAGUCGCUGGCAUUGGAAAAACAGUGUCUGUACAGAAGUUCAUUCUGGACUGGGCUGAAGAGAAAGAGAAUCAGGACGUCCACCUCAUAUUUCCACUUCCUUUCAGAGAGCUGAAUCUGAUGAAAGAUAAAAAACUCAGUCUUUUAGAUCUUCUUCAUCUUUUCUACCCAGAAACAAAAGAAAUUGAAAUCUUCAGUGAUGAAUAUAAAGUGUUGUUCAUCUUUGAUGGUUUGGAUGAGUGUCGUCUGUCUCUGGAUUUUCAUAGCAGUGUGAGGUUGUGUGAUGUAAAUGAAUCAACCUCAGUGGACGUGAUGCUGACAAACCUCAUCAAGGGGAAUCUGUUUCCCUCUGCUCUCAUCUGGAUCACCUCCAGACCAGCAGCAGCUGAUCUCAUCCCCUCUGAGUGUGUUGAUCGAGUCACAGAGGUACGAGGCUUCAGUGAUCCACAGAAGGAGGAAUACUUCAGGAAGAGAAUCAGUGAUGAGAGUCUGUCUGAUCAAAUCAUCUCACACCUGAAGUCAUCCAGGAGUCUCUACAUCAUGUGUCACAUCCCAGUCUUCUGCUGGAUUUCAGUCACUGUUCUAGAGAGAAUGUUGAGUGAAGCAGAGAGUCAAGAGAUCCCCAAGACUCUCACUCAAAUGUACACUCACUUCCUGAUCAUUCAGACAAACACCAAACAUCAGACGGACUAUGAGAAGAAAGUAAAGGAUGAAGACAUGAUCUUUAAACUGGGGAAACUGGCUUUUGAGCAGCUUGUGAAAGGCAAUCUGAUCUUCUAUGAUGAAGACCUGAGAGAGUGUGGCAUUGAUGUAGCAGAAGCAUCAGUGUACUCAGGAUUGUGUACUCAGAUCUUCAGAGAGGAGUUUGGUUUGUCUCAGAGGAAAGUUUACUGCUUUGUUCAUCUGAGCAUCCAGGAACAUCUAGCAGCUCUUUAUUCUCACCUCUCCUUCACAAACUACAUCAUAAAUGUGUUUGACGAAAGUCCUAAACCUGGUCGUUUUUCUAAAAUUGUAAAACGUAAAUCAUCAAAACAGGUUUUAUUAUCAGAGUUGCAUCACAGAGCUGUAGAUGAAUCUUUAAAGAGUAGGAAUGGACAUCUUGAUCUUUUCCUGCGUUUUCUUCUGGGUCUUUCACUGGAGUCCAAUCAGUUUCUCUUACAGAAUCUACUGACACAGAUGGGAAGAUGUUCCUACAAGAAAGAGGAAACUGUUGAGUACAUUAAACAGAAGAUGAAGAGGAAUCUUUCAACAGAGAAAUCCAUCAAUCUGAUUCACUGUCUGAAUGAACUGGGUGAUGAUUCAAUGGUGAAGAAGAUUCAAGAUUAUGUCAAAUCUGAAUCAGUAGGAAAGACCAAACUCUCCUCUUCAAAGUGGGCAGCUUUAGUUUUUGUGUUGCUGACGUCUGAGCAGCAUUUGGAUGAACUUAAUCUAAAAACAUUUAUUGGAGAUAAAAAUAAAGCAGAUGAAGCGCUUGUCAAACUGCAGCCUGUGAUUAAAGAGUCCAAAAAACUACAGUUGUGUAAGUGUAAUAUCACAGCUGAAGGUUGCUUUGCUCUGUCUUCAGCCCUGAGAUCAAACCCAUCACACCUGACACAUCUGGAUCUGUCUGAUAAUAAUAAACUUGGAGAUUUGGGAGUGAAGCUGAUCUCUGAUAUACUGAAGAAUCCUGACUGUAAAGUGACAUCACUCAGGUUGAGUGAUUGUAAUAUCACAGAUGAAGGUUGUGUUGCUCUGACUUCAGCUCUGAGAUCAAACCCAUCACACCUGACACAUCUGGAUCUUUCUGAUAAUAAACUAAGAGAUUCAGGAGUGAAGCUGAUCUCUGAUGUACUGAAGGAUUCUGACUGUAAACUGGAGAUACUUGAGCUGAGUAAGUCUAAAAUCACAGCUGAAGGUUGUGUUGCUCUGACUUCAGCUCUGAGAUCAAACCCAACACACCUGACACAUCUGAAUCUGUCUGAUAAUAAACUAAGAGAUUCAGGAGUAAAGCUGAUCUCUGAUAUACUGAAGAAUUCUGACUGUAAACUGAAGAUACUGAAGUUGUGCGAUUGUGAUAUCACAGCUAAAGGUUGUGUUGCUCUGACUUCAGCUCUGAAAUCAAACCCAUCACACCUGACACAUCUGGAUCUGUCUGACAACAUUGGAGAUUCAGGAGUGAAUCUGAUCUCUGGUGUACUGAAGAAUCCUGACUGUAAACUCCAGAUAAUGAAAUUGUGUAAUUGUAACAUCACAGUUAAAGGUUGUGUUGCUCUGACAUCAGCUCUGAGAUCAAACCCAUCACACCUGAGAGAUGUGGAUCUGUCCCGUAAUAAUCUAAGAGAUUCAGGAGUGAAGGUGAUAUCUGAUCUACUGAAAAAUCCUGACUGUAAACUGGAGCUACUAAAGUUGAGGGAUUGUGAUAUCACAGAUGAAGGUUGUGUUGCUCUGACUUCAGCUCUGAGAUCAAACCCAUCACACCUGACACAUCUGGAUCUUUCUGAUAAUAAACUAAGAGAUUCAGGAGUGAAGCUGAUCUCUGAUGUACUGAAGGAUUCUGACUGUAAACUGGAGAUACUUGAGUUGAGGGAUUGUAAUAUCACAGAUGAAGGUUGUGUUGCUCUGUCUUCAGCUCUGAGAUCAAACCCAUCACACCUGACACAUCUGAAUCUGUCUGAUAAUGAUAAACUUGGAGAUUUUGGAGUGAAGCUAAUCUCUGAUGUACUGAAGAAUCCUGACUGUAAAGUGAAGAUAUUGAACUUGGAGUUUUGUAAUAUCACAGAUAAUGGUUUUGUUGCUCUGGAGUCAGCUCUGAGAUCUAACCCAUCAAAUCUGACGCAACUGAAUCUCAGAGGGAAUAAUCUGAUAUUUUAUAUACCAAAACUGAUCUUCCCAUUAAAGGCAGAGACUGAGAGAGUUACACCUAAUCCCAGAGAGGUGGAGGUGAAAAGCGGGGUGACAAUAGCAAAAGAAGAACCAGAGCUUUCUUGAAGAACCAGAGUGUUUAUUGUGAAGUGGGGUGAGAGACAGUGAGCUAUGCCGGAGUAAUAUGCCGGGAUCUGCCUAUGCACAAGAUUGUCAUUCUUCAGUAGCAGUGAACUGAGCGAGUAGUUUGUUUAACUGGUGCAGACGAUGAUGUUGGAGCCUAAAAGAACGUUACGUAACCUGCUGUUUUCCUGGUCCAGCUGCCGGCGUGUGUUUAUGUUUCUGAAUGGUAAAUGCCACAGUGGCUAUGUUUAUGUGCAUAAAAUUUUGUCAAUUCCACUGAAUUAAUCCCUUUUCGAGUUCACAUUUUAUCUCUGGAUAAAUGUACAAAGCUGAGUUCGAGAAAGUUGUUAAGAAGGUAGUUAGGUAUAGGCAUGGAAAAUGUAGCUUAAUGUUAUUAAAGUACACAUGAACGCUGGGCCAUCAAUACGAUUACAAACAGAUUAUUUGGUUGCAUGUAAACGUAGCUACCGAUUGUUCUGGGUUCUACUGUGUAAAGAAGAGGUACUUACCUAAACUCCAAGAAUUCUUAGAGCAGAAACGAAGAUCAGCAAAUGUGGUACAAGUCCAGGUGCUAUGGGGGAAAAAGGGGGCAUGGCCCCCCAGAAACAAUUUGUGCCUCCUCCAGUUUUCUUAUCAGAGAUAAAUUAAAUUGGAGAGCUAAAUUCAGUCAUAUACUCUGAAAUAAUGAUUGCAUUAAUAACGUGAAUUAUUAACUACAUUAUUACAAUGACUGCAACUACCUAAUCUCAGGCCAAUGGCUUUGGUGCGGCAAUAAAAAAACGAGGUAGCCUACAUAAAGGCGCAGUACAAUUCAGCGACCAAGGUGGCGUUUCCUUGAUGUUUCAGCCUGUGAAGUUUUAAAUAUUAGUCUCUUUAAUGCAACUCACGCGAGCAAGUAAUGUCGCUGUCACUAUCAUCCUCAAAGCAAACUGCGUAGACAAAUCAAACUUUGUUAAUAAAGCUGAACAAGGGGCUAAAAACUCAAGGAGGGCAGAGAGAUCAGGAUAGUUCGCUAUUUGCAGACUCCAGUCAGAACAGGGAACAAUUCAAAGAUAAGAGCAGGUGAGGAGUCAGAAGGGUAAUUCAGUGCUUCAACUUAAACUUAUUCUAGUCACUUCGUUUUCGAGACUGGAGUUUGAGACAGUGGCAUUGCUAGCUUGUGUGAUUUACUUUUAAGAAACAAAUGUUUGAAACAUCGCAGGAUAAAUGAUCAAUAAGGAAACCUGUGUCGCUGAAUUCCACUGGCCAUUUUUCAUUUGCGCACGGAAAUAAUUUGCCUAAGAUUAGAUAAAAGAUAGCAAAGGUAAUUCUUGAUUAUCAGGCUUAUUUAGAUUGUUAGGCCAUUUAAUAGUGAAAGUUGAAUGUGUAUAGGCAUAAUACAUUCAAUAAUAUAUGUAGCCGUAAUAAAUAAAUGGAAACCAGCAGGAAAUCAGUCACAAUAAGGUAUAGUGUGGAGCCCCCCCAAGAAAUAUACUGGUGCCAGGCCUGUACCAAAAUGCACACUUACACCAAACACAAAUACGUACGCUGUACGUGACAUAAACAUUUUUUCCUCUCAAGUGUUAUUUUUUUGUGAUUGGGUUUAGUUUUUUUAAUAAGUUUGAAAUGUUAAGUGUGCUUAAUCUUACCAUAUACUCAUGGAGAUUGAGGUAUUUAUAUUCACUAGUCAAGUGUGGAAUAAAAAAAAUAUAUAUAUUGUGAAUUGUAAAUAUUGUGUAAUUUAAG